CUCUUCUGAGUCUUCUCUUUGUCUCACGUUGUAACCUCCGUGAGUGAGAGGUACCCAGAACCUACUGCUGUUAGUUACUGGUAGUAUAAAAGUAGGUAUUCUAGGUGGUAGACUGGUAGUAGGUAGUGCCGCCGUACCAACAAGGGCGGUCGUUACCGCAGUGAAAAGUACGGAUCUGCGAUUCCGUAUGGUGGCCGAGGAUUUAAAGAUAGCAAUACAAAGUAGCUAUUAGCCGCACAGUAUACAUAGUACAGGUAGAUACGUACCUCGGCGAGACGCGGUGGGUAUAUAGGCAGGUACUGAGACCGGGAAGUGGUUCAGUUGGCGGACUCGAACUGCACUUUUUCUCCGUCGUUAUAGACGAGGUAUUGUACAGUACACAUCACUUGGCACACUCACCUGGGACAGGCGUUUCCAGUAUUUGCGGUUUAUCCUGUCCUUCCACGGAAGGAAACCUGCAGAUGCAGAUGCAGCGGGACGGUGGGCAACACAGAGCAACCAUCGAGCAUUCGGUAACACGGUCCCGAACACCAGGACACCGUUCAUCUCGCAGAAACCCAGAAAUUCCCCAUCUUAUUACGCAAGUAGAACAGAAUCGAACCCCAAAACGCCAGUAUGGUACCACCACCACCACCGAUCCUCCCCCUCUAAGCAAGACUUUUGCGUCCCGUGGACAUGGACCCGUGGGUGGGUGGGUGGGUAGGUGGCUAUAUAUCGUCGAGCUCCAUAGUCGCCUCCGCCCCCUCCUCCUCGGCAUUCUUCGCCGCCUCCUCCUCCUUCUUCUGUGCCUCAGCCUUAAUCGCCGCGCGGGCCGCCGCAUUGGCGUCCUUAACCUUCUCGACCCUCGCCGCUAUUUUCUGCUGACGUUUCGACAACGGCGCAGUGGCGACAUCUAUCCCACCCGUUCAUCAGCACUCUCCCCCUUCCCCAUCCCCCUCCCCUUCCCUCUCCCGCACAAGCAUCCAGAACGUACCUUCCAUAACCACCUCUCCCUUCAUCUUCAGCAGCUCCUCAGCGGCAGCGACCUUCUUCCGCUCGGCAGCGUAGAGCUUGUUGCGCUGAACCUUCUUGACGCGCUUGGACGAGACGCCGGCGCCGCGCAGGAUCCCCGAGAACUCGGUGCCGAUGAUGGCGUGCGGCUUGUCGCCGCGCGCCGCGCGAGACUUCGUCCGCAGCGAGGUGCGCUUGUGCGCUAGGUCUCGCCGGUUCGAUGUCGUCGGGAGGUUGCAGUUGUGAAGGCCCAUUUUGAAUUGUUUGUUGGAGAAGUGGGAGUGGGUUGCUGGUGGGGGUGGUGGAAGGUCGAGAUUGGAGGUGGAAGGUCGAGAUUGCAGGCGGAAAGUUUUGGGGAUUCGACUUUUACACGCAGG